GCUGGCCCCAGAGAGAUAAAAGCAGCAGCACCUGGGUGAAGUGGGGCAGAGGAGUGGAUGCUGCAUUAGACGAGGAGACAGCGCUGGUGGGAUCAGUGGAUGGGAGGUGCCAGCUCUUACCGGGUCUAACAGUGGUUGCUCAGCUCAGCUGCAUGAUCAAGCCAAGGGCAGAAACGCAGCCAAAAGACGAAUUCCAGCCAGGCAGUGACAGCUCAGUGAAGUGGGCAUGUCAGUCUUGAUAAAAAGCCUGAAAAAAUGAGGUGAAGUAGAGGAAGUCUGAAGUCCUCCAGCAGCAAGCAUAGCAGGACAACAAGGAGGGUGAAGUCUACACCAUGCACUUUCCUUCUGGUCUAGGCACGCACAGCCUCCCACUCCAUUGAUCAAGUAGCACAUUAAAUGGAAAAUGAGGUUUUAACUCCCUUGCCAACCCCAGCACAUCUGUGCAGAGCCCAUUAUUGCCUCCUCUACUCCUCAGAGAAACCCCACAGCAUAUUUGUAGGAGCAGUGGGAACGGGAGCCAUUCCCAAUGCACAGGCUGAAUCCCUCAAGUCCAUUUAUAGCACCAACCAGUGCAGAGAAAUGAAGCAUACAGUGAGAUGGUUACAGAAGCCGCAGGACCUGGUGUGCAAAAAUAGCAGCACACAGCAGCCCAGGACUGCAGUCUGCCAGACAUGGGCUGAAAGUGGAAGAUGGCAGAGCCUGAAAGCACAGUCAUCAAUACCGAUGUGAAACAGAAAGAUCCCAGUGAGGCGCUGGUCAUUGCAGUGACCACCAGAGCCAUCUUCAACUUGGAGGAGGAGCACCAGCUCUACCUGGAGAAAGGAAAGGAGGAAUAUGUGAGGCACCAACAGGCCAACCAGGACAAGCCCCUGCCCCCAGGCACAGCCUUUGCCUUCAUCCAGGCAGCACAGUAUGUGAAUAAGAUGAUCCUGGAAAGUAACCCAGCAGAGAAGGGCCUCUUUGACAUCCUGGUGCUCUCCAACAACAGCCCAGAAGGUGGCGUGCGCAUCAUCAACAGUGCCAAGCACUAUGGCCUGGAGAUUUCCAAGUUCUGCUUUGUCAGUGAUGAGGACUCCACACAGUACCUGAAGUCUCACAGGGUGAAGCUGUUCCUCUCAGCUGACAGGACAGAUGUCUGCAAUGCCCUCCGAAGAGGGGUCUCGGCAGCACUUGUCUUCCAGCAGGAGGUGCAGGCCCCCAGCACCCCGCUACGUGUGGCCUUUGAUGGAGAUGCCGUGCUUUUCUCCGAUGAGACAGACCAGGUCUUCCAGGAGCAGGGCCUGGAGGGAGCCAUGCAGUAUGAGCGGGCAAUGGAGGCCGUGCCUAUAGGAGAGGGUCCCAUGAAAGCCUUUGCCAUGCACCUGGGGAAGAUACGCAAGAAGUUCAGCCAGGAGGAGUCCCCCAUUCGCACCUACCUGGUGACAGCCCGCAGUGGCCGGGACAUGGGCAUCAGAGCCAUCAAGACACUCCGGGAAUGGGGUCUGGCCAUCGAUGAAGCCUUCUUCAUGGAUGGAGCUCCCAAGGGCCCCAUCCUUGCUCAAAUCCAGCCCCAUAUCUUCUUUGAUGACGGCCUUCAUAACAUCCAGGGGGCUCAAGAUGUGGGUGUGCCCUCUGCAUGGGUCCCCUCGUGCUGUUGAUGGACAAAGAACCUGCAGCCUUCCUUCCCCUUCUCCAGCAGAUAGGACUGAGCCAGCUAAAGGCAAACCUGGUGGAAGGGGAAGGAUUUCCCAGCCUGCAACAAGAACCCAGGGGGUGAGAGCAUUGCACAGGAACACCAGCUACUAGGAAAGACCUGAUGCUCAGUCCUACUCCUGAUACAAGAUCCUCCAGGCCACAGAAGCCAAGGGAUGCAACCACUGCAGGGAGAACAAACAACCUCCUAGGAGAUCCGUACAGCCCUUAGAGCAGCAGCAUAAAGACCAGGGACAAGGCUGCAAUACAAGUCCCUCCAGGAGAGGGCACUGGAGACAGACACCUGCAGCAGCAACGAGAUAGAGAGCAGAGCUACAGGCAAUAGCUGCAUACCUCCAAACAGCAGCGAGGGCCAAAGCCUGAGCUUAAAUAGGGACGUGGGUGGAGGGCACAGGUGGGGGUCCCAGGUGUGCCUGCUUAGGGUAGAUGGGUCCUGCGUAGGGGAUGCCUUUCCUUUGUCAGUUUAGACUCUGCUUCUAAUGUUUCCACAGAGAAAGCAACCCCGAAAGCUUCCCCUUUUCUCCCUAGGGCUGGAUGCUAGGGACUGCCACUAGAGGCCACUGCACUGCCUUCCUGUCACCCAUGCUGUUGGGGAACAUGGUGGGUCCCCAAAAUCCACCACCAAAAAACAGCCAUUUGGCCCCCACUCUAUCUUGAAACCUCAAGUUCUCUCCUCUGUGUUAACUUCCCAUCCAUUUCUUCAAAAAGGAAAACAAAAAAAUAAAUUGAAAUACAUAUUUUAGGGCAGACUACAGGGCGAGAAAUAGUGUGGGUUUGUUUGUUUCUUUGUUUGUUGCUGUUGUUUUAAAAGGAUUUGUCACUCCCACCGAUGCUUUUUUCCCCCAAUAAAUAAGCAAAUAACA